GUCGGCUUGACGGGUGGAAUUGCUUCGGGGAAGAGCACCGUCUCUGGCCUCUUCAAAUCCGCCGGCGUCCCUGUCGUCGACGCCGACAUUGUGGCUCGGACUCACAGUAACAGGACAGAACUGGGAGUUUUGUUGGGCGGUUAAGAAAUGUGAGUGGAAUGACCCCAUACCCCCUUCUUUGUUAUUCAGUGUGGAUUAUAGGAUGGGAAAUCAUGUGCAUUUAUAGGCUAAAGAAGUAGCCGCCGAGAGAAUACUUAUUUUUUGUUGCUAUAUGGCUAUAAGAAGGAAGUUAGAGCCUUAAAUUCCUAAUGCCAUGCUCAAACCCAUGGGAAUAGAUUGGCGUGAGUUGAGGUAAAAAAAAUCUGCAUUCUCUGUCUAAUUGGAACUAUGAAUCUGUCAGCAUUAACAUCUUACCAUAGCUGGGAUAUCUCUUGAACAAAAAUAUUACAGUGACUGGUACGACGCAAGAUUAACUAUGUUUUAUUUUUGACCAUAAGAACUGACAGGUUUAUUAUAGCGUUUUAAGGUAUUUAUCUUAAUUUGAAGCCACUGCCACUUGAGCAAACGUGAUUUUAGCCAAUUGUAUGUAUGCAUUGCUUAUUGCUAUUAUAAAUGUCUAUGGGAUGACAAAAAUCAAUGGUACAGCAUUAUUACAAUCCCUGGUAUGAUGCGAUAUGAAUUAUGUUUGACGAGGGGCUUUGGACCAGUUGGGUGUACAUCAGUACAUGGCACUUUGCUUUCAUAUUUAGUACUUGAGCUUCAAACUGCAAAGUAUGCCUUUUGCUGUUGUAAACUUAUUAAGUUAUUAUGUGUAGUGAAAUUCUACCAGACACUGAUAAUUGACUUUCUUGUUUUUGUUUGAACUUUAUGCUGAUUACGGAGACAUGCAUUUACAGAAUGUAGUGCAGAAAGGUACUGGAGGUUGGAAGAAGAUUGUAAAAACUUUUGGAAAUGACAUAUUAUUGGAAAAUGGAGAAAUCGACAGAGCUCUCUUAGGUCAGAUUGUUUUCUCUGAUCCAGCAAAAAGGAAACUUCUAAACCGUCUUCUGGCCCCACAUAUUUCAUUUGGUAUAUUUUGGGAGAUACUAAAACUGUGGGUGAAGGGAUGCACGGUUAUCAGUGUCGACAUCCCGCUGUUGUUCGAGACAAAGAUGGACCGAUGGACGAACCCAGUGGUUGUUGUAUGGGUGGAUCCCAAAACACAGAUUGAGAGGCUCAUGUUAAGAGAUGGGUGCAGCGAGGAACAAGCUCAGAACAGGAUCAGCUCACAGCUUGCGCUGGACUGGAAGAAGUCCGAAGCCGAUAUAGUGAUCAACAAUUCUGGCUUACUGGAGGACACAAAAGAACAGUUCCGAGAAGUAUUGAAGCAAGUCUCUGCUCCCUUGACAUGGAAGGAGCGCAUGAGAUCCAGGGAUGGCUUUCUGUCUAUCGUCAUGUGCACGGCAGCGGGGGUUUUACUUGCUCGGAAGAAUCUGGUAUGAUCUUUGCAUCAUUAGGAAGUUAGGACUGAACUAGGUUGAUUUUUUGAAAAUUUGGGAGUGUCGUUGCAGAGCACUAGACCAUCAAGAUUAUGGUUUUGUGUCGUGUCAUGUUUUUUAGUUGCCACAAGUGCUGAAUUUUGAGUGAAUUUUGUUUUUUGUAACCGCAAUUGCUUGUCGUUGCAGAGCACUGCUUGCUUGUGUUGUCUCUGUUGUAAACCUUGAUUCACUAUGGAAUAAUGGUAUGGCUUUUGAGGGGCGGUUAGACA